UAAACGGUGUCGAGGCAGUUGCCAUUUUGUUCGUGUUGUCGGAAGCGCAAAGUAGUGUUUAAGUUAAAUGCUGAAAAAGAAAUUUUGUAUGUGAAUAGCGAACUAUUCUCUGUCAAAAUGCUUUCUGCUGCCCAGUUACUCGACGAGUUAAUGGGCCGGGAUAGAAAUUUGGCCCCUGACGAGAAACGAAGUAAUGUCCGCUGGGACCACGAGACUGUAUGUAAAUAUUACCUGUGUGGAUUCUGUCCUGCCGAGCUAUUCACAAACACCCGAUCAGAUCUGGGUCCUUGUGAAAAGAUCCACGAUGAAAACCUUAGGAAAUUGUAUGAGAAGAGCUCACGGUUCAUGAAGGAAGGCUACGAGCGGGACUUCCUGCGCUACCUGCAGAGCCUGCUGGCUGAGGUGGAGCGGAGGAUCCGCCGGGGCCAUGCCAGGCUGGCCCUCUCACAGGCACAGCAAGCCGCUGGACAAGGACCCGGCCCAUCAACAAAGAAUGAGGAGAAGGCCCUGGUGCUGACGGAGAAGAUCGAGGAGCUGGUCCUGCAGAUUGAGGAGCUGGGCUCGGAGGGCCGGGUGGAGGAGGCGCAGGGCAUGAUGAAGCUGGUGGAGCAGCUGAAGGACGAGAGGGAACAGCUCAGCUCCACCCCCUCGGUGAGUCCCAUGGACACGAUCGAGAGCUUUGCGGCUCAGGAGAAGCAGAUGGAGGUGUGUGAGGUGUGCGGAGCCUUCCUCAUCGUGGGCGAUGCCCAGUCCCGCGUGGAUGACCACCUGAUGGGCAAACAGCACAUGGGCUACGCCAAGAUCAAGUCUACUGUAGAGGAGCUGAAGGAGAAACUGCGGCGGCGUUCCGAGGAACCCGAGCAGGACACCAAACUGCGCAAGGAGCGCGAAGACCGGGAGCGCGAGCGAGAGGAGCGCGAGAAGAAGCGCAAGGAAGAGGAGGAGAAGGAGAAGGAGCGCGAGAAGGAGAAGGAAAGGGAGCGGGAGCGCGAGAGAGAGCGCGAACGCGAGCGGGAGAGGGAGCGCGAGAGGGAGAGGGACCGCGACCGACGGGGCAGACGCAGCAGCUCGCACAGCCGACACUCCAGCCGGGCCUCGGACCGCCGCAGGAGUCGCUCGAGAGAGCGCAAGCGCUCCAGGAGCAAGGAGCGCGAGCGCAAGCGCAGCAGGAGUCGCGACAGAGAGAGGAGGCGCAGCCGGGAUCGAUCCGACAGGAAGAGGCGCUCACGCAGCCGGGAGAGGAAGAGGUCCCGCAGCUCGGAGCGCAAGUCCCACAAGCACCGCAGCCGGAGCAGGGAGCGGGAGCGCGAGAAGGACCGCGACAAGGACAGGGAGCGGGAGAAGGACAAGGACCGAUCCUCCAAAGACAAAGACCACAAGGACGGUGAGGAGAGGCGCAGCAGCAAAAAGGCGCCGUCUAGUGACGACAAGGCCAGCGAGCUCCCCAAGGCCGAGUCCAUGGAGGUAGAUGCCCCCAAAGCCGAGCUCAAUGGCACGCGCGAAGACAUCCAAUCUGAAGGUGACACUCAGUCCAAUUAAAACUGAUCUGAUAGGACCUCAGAUCAGGCCCAGGAACCCCUGGAUCACCCUGACAGGAGAACAGAAGAACCGAAGACCUCCCUGACCAGAACACGCAACUCUGCUGCUUAAAACAAGGUGACCCACAGAUGUGUAGUGGCCUGUUGACAGUUUAAAAUAAUGAUAAUAAAACCAUAAAACAAAAAAAAACAAAAAACAGAUUUAGCAAAAUAAAAACAUGUUUUAAGAAAGGUUGCCCUUUUUGCAGCUUCAUUGACAGGACCUGUAGUGUUCAUUUCUGUUAAUAAUGUCUUUUCCGUCUUAACUACUGCUAUGAAUUAAAAUGAAAGUACACAGAAACCAGGUAGAGGAGAAGAGUGUUUUAAGGUCUACACUUACUUUGUUCACCAGCAUUCAGGAUAAAAAAAAUAAAAGCUGUACCCGUGGCAUGUUUUAUUUUUAUUUUUAUUCUUUUCAGUUUGUAAAGUAAUGGUAUUCAUGUCACUAUUUUUGCCCUUCAGUCUCGGUUUGAAGCAUUUGUACAGUGUUAGGAAUGGACAACAAGAAGGUUCCAUUUUUCUCUCUUCCCCUCUGUAAGGCAUACCCCAAUCAGUCACAUUUAGUUUUGAGAAGUGAGUUAUUUUAUUUUUUCAAUUUUGUUCAAAUCUUAAGAACAUGUAUUUGUCUUGAAUAAAAUGUUUAAAAAUGAA